UUAAACACAAAUUUUAUGUGGCAUCGCUUUUCAGUCAGGCAGUACCUUAAUAUACUAUACCACCGCUCGGGCAUAAUCUCGGACACCUACGGGUCCUUCUUUCUUUUCCUCGUCCCUGAGCGAGCCGACGCCAAGAUGAAUGACACAGUCACUGUCAGGACCAGAAAGUUUAUGACAAACCGGCUGCUUCAGAGGAAGCAAAUGGUUGUCGAUGUCUUGCAUCCAGGCAAAGCAACAGUCCCCAAGACAGAGAUCAGGGAGAAGCUUGCAAAAAUGUACAAAACCACCCCAGAUGUGGUGUUCGUCUUCGGCUUCAAAACUCAGUUUGGUGGUGGCAAGACAACAGGGUUUGGCAUGAUCUAUGACUCGUUGGACUACGCCAAGAAAAAUGAGCCCAAAUACAGGCUGCAAAGGCAUGGCCUGUAUGAGAAGAAAAAGACAUCCAGAAAACAGCGCAAGGAACGCAAGAACAGAAUGAAGAAAGUUAGAGGCACCAAGAAAGCCUCUGUUGGUGCUGCUGGCAAGAAGAAGUGAGAGACUUGAGGUUUCAGGAGAAGGUAGAGUGGAAAUCGGCAUGAUGUGCUGAUGUGAUCCACUUUUACCAGUUACUUGAAGUGCUUUUGCAUGUUCAAUCCUAAUGCCUCACCCCACUUGCAGAUAUUUAAAGAAUCCUGUGUUUCUAACACGGAUAAAAAUAUCUAUUUUAAUUUAUAUAUUUGGAAUUGGUCUGGUCAACUUAUUUGACUGUCACUAUUCAUUUGUAGCAUGCUGUGUGUGGUUAGCAUUCACUCAUUUGAGGUAAACUAGCCACUUGACUGCAUGUCUGCAAGUGUAACAGAGUCCCCUGGAGUAUUCAGAAACAACCUGUCCCUUAGUUACACUCACCCCUGAAGUGAGCAUUUGUCGUUGAUAAAUGUAUUUAGGGAUUUUGUAUGGGUAGUUUGUUUAAUAGUUUUAUGUUUAAGACUGUUUUAUAUAAACCUCACUGUAAUGUCUUUUCUUUCCUCUUACAGUAAGACCUUCAGGGAAGACCAUCGGCUUGAAAAAUGUUCUUGUACAUUGUCAUCAAAUAAAUUCUUUAAAAAAAGUAAA